AUGAGUGGACCAAGGUGUUCUGUCCUGCUGGGACUGGUGCUCUUGCUGGUGUCCAUGGGACCAUGCCAAGGGAGUAUAGAAUCUCGAGAACUCACAAACAGACAGACUCUUUUAAGCAUCAUCAUGGAGAUUGUUGAGGGACUUAAAAACUGCAACUUGGAGGACUACAAAAGAUUGCACUUUUUCAGUAAACCUGACUUUAUUUUGGAUGAGAGUGAAGUCACUGACUACGUAGAUGGUCCUGAGGGGCAAAGAGCUGAAAUUGUUGCUCGUGAUCUAAGGAUGAAGGACAAAUUCAUAAAACAUCUUACGGGUCCCCUUUAUUUUAGCCCAAAGUGCAGCAAACACUUUCAUAGAAUUUAUCAUAACACGAGAGACUGUACCAUUCCUGCACACUAUAAAAGAUGUGCCAGACUUCUUACUCGGUUGGCUGUUAGUCCAGUUUGCAAGGAAGGAUAA